GAGGUUUAUAUAAGGGAGACCCAGAAAAUGCCGGCAGUUUGAAAUUGUUCAGUGCGACAAUAAACAAAUACAAGUGAAAAGUUGCAAGCAAGUGUUUUAUUUACAAUGCAUCGAGUAGCGUUGCUGCUUGGCCUUCUUUUCGUGACCGUCCACGGUCUAAGAAAUGUGGAUUAUCAUUACGAUGAAUUUUUUCCAUCUGCGAAGGCAUUCAGCGAAGACCUAGAGGGAGCUUCGUCAGAUGUUGAAACGGCUACCAAAGAUAGAGAAGAUUUGUCACCAAAUUACAAGGACCCCUCCCCUAACACAGCAGAAGAAAUUCCUGAAAAGAAACCGAAGGAAACACCGAAUCACGACACGUCCUUGUUACAAGGAGGCGUUAUAGAAGUAAAUGCAGGUGAAGGACCGACAGGGUUUAAUCCUUUCGGCGGUUUACCAGGAUUUGGAAAAUUCCCCGGCUUGUUUUCCUUUGGAGGUCUCUUUGGAUCUGACGGACCAAAUUUCCAACCUUGGUGGAAAGGAGACCAUGUUUGCGUAGAGCGCGAAGAAAGCACCGACGAUGAGGACAAGUCGAAUUCAAAUUCGUCAGCCGAGUCCUCCAAGAGGAAGAAUCAAACGGAGAAUGUUUUCUCCACUUCCAUCAGCCUGUCUAAUUGUUUCGAGACUGCUAACAAAUACGAGUGCAUUACGAAAGUGAAUAAUCACGGCAUUGUCAAGACGUUUACUGUACGUUACAAGUGUUGUUAUGGUUAUAAACGUAAAGAAGGAGCUUCAGGAUGUACCGAAGAAGUGGAACUUAAACCUCUGUUAGAUACCAUCAACGAUGUCGGAGGCAAGGAGUUCUCCAACCUGAUUAAAACCACUGGUUUGGAAGAUAAAUUUAAAAACGAAAACAUAACAGUGUUCGUACCAUCUGAUGAAGCUUUGUCAGAAUUUACCGACAGGAUGCUAGAGCUGAAUCAAGUAGACGUGUACAGACGACGAAGGGAUGCAAGAAAUGCUCUUUCAUCGCAUGACUUAGUAUUAAGUCACAUUACUCCCGGCUUUAUUGACCUUAACGACCUCAAUAACGAAGACGUUUUGCUUGGGGAAAAAGAGAAAAAUUCGAUCCGCAUCAACGCUUAUCCAACGAAGAACUUCGGAAAAAUGAUCACAGCCAACUGUGUGCGAGUAACCAAAGAAAAUAAUUUAGCAUCCAACGGGAUCGCGCACGUUGUCGAUGGAGUCAUUGCACCAGCCACUCAAAGUCUGAGGGAAAUUAUCGAUCAACAUCCACAACUCACUUACUUUAGAAGAUUGUUGGAAAAGACCGAUUUAGCCAAGAACCUGAAAGAUGAUGGACAUUUUACAAUUUUUGCUCCAACUGACGAAGGAUUCAACAGUCUGGAUGAAAAAACUCGCCAAAAGAUAAUGAGGGGAGAGCAAUGUGCCAAAAAUAUUGUAAAGAAUCACGUAAUUUUACACACCGUUUGUUCUUCGGCUAUCGUUGGAAAUGCGACAACUCAUAAUGUGGCUGGCGACUCACUCAAUUUCGAACGAACCGACGACGGAAGUAUUAGCAUCGAUGGAAAAGCGAAAAUAAUUAAGAAAGACAUUGUUGCCAAAAACGGAGUAAUUCAGCUCAUUGAUAAAAUACUUGUACCCGAAUCGGCUCUUUUGAUCAGCGAAAUUUUGGAGAAACAAAACUUCACGAAAUUCCGUCAGUUAAUCGAUGAAGCUGGUUUGACAAGUGAAAUAGAUUCCUCCGAAAAUGCUACUGUUUUUGUACCAUCUGACGAAGCUCUGUCUCAACCAGAAGCCGUAAAGAUCUUGGAUAGCGUCAAAGGGGACAAAGAAAAGUUAAAGGAACUAAUCCAGUAUCACACUAUUGGCAAAAAAUUGGAGUCGUGUGACAUGAAUAAUAAUCAGAUGAUAAAAACAAACGACGGAGAACAAGAAUUACGCUUAAAUUUGUAUUCAACCGUUCCAUUGUUUGCAAACAUCAUCAACAGGGCAACAGUAAAUUGCGCAAGACUCAUUGGAUAUGACGAAAAAGCAUGCGGAUCUGUUGUUCACGAAGUCAAUAAAGUUUUGGUGCCUCCAACAGAUACCGUAUUCGACAUCGUCAACUCCAACGAAAAUUACAGCACUUUGGCGGAGAUUAUUAAAGGAACAGAAGCAGAGGAGAUAUUGAAGCAAAGCAAUCAAUCCAUUACCCUGGUAGCACCCACUAACGAAGCUUUCGAAAAACUUGAACCUGAUGAUCUAAAGAAAUUGAAGGAUGACAAGGAUAAGGCCAACGUUUUCGUGAAGAAUCAUAUACUAUCAGAGGUUCUUUGCUGCGCCGGUGUAAGUUCCCAAGGAUGGGGCUUCAAUAACAUGAUCCCAACUGUUUCCGAGCAUCAGGUCCAAAUCAGCAAAAACGAGAACGGCGACAUAAGAGUCGGAAAAGCACAAAUUACAGAAUGUGAUAAUGUUGCUACCAACGGGGUAGUUCAUACAAUCAACAGGGUCUUGUUGCCGAGACGCACAAGAGUGCCUAACAUUGGAUUCUUCCUAUUCGAUAUAUAAAUAAUAUUAAUAAUUUAUUGUUACAUUAAGUUUUAUAUUCUUUAGUAUAAACAUUUUAAUAAGUGAUAUAUCGAAAUUUGUGACUGAAGCUUGUACUUUGUUUUAGCAGAUCCUAAUAGCGUGCGAUGUGUUUUGUUUAUGUAUUGAGUAUUUCAUAAAUAAAGUUACUUUUUUAGAUUAA